GAUUGGACUGCUUCUUGACACGUUGGAAAAUAUGGGCCUGACCCUAUCCCUUGAAAAGUCCUGCAUCCUGCUGGAGAUUGCCGGCUCCCACUGCCGUAAGAUUCGAAAUAGGCUUUUGAAAUAUGAGGGUUCACAUGCCUUUAUUGACAUCCCCCGUGCCAAUGGACGCACCAGCCGCAUCCCGGUGAAAAGGACUGCUGACUACCUGGGGACCUGUCUCAGUUAUGGCAACUAUGAACAGCAGACAUUUGACAAAAGGGUUCACUGUGCACGCCUCACCUUUCACAGAUUGCGUCGAUGGCUUUGCACUUCCCAAAUUGCUUUGCGUCACCGCCUGUUGCUUUGGAAAGCCUGUGUCCUGUCCACACUCAUGUAUGGCAUUGUUGUGCAGACCAAUGUAUCCCCUGCUGACGACAGCCUGCUUGAGGUCAGAUCUUGUGACAAGAACAUGAACCUUGAUGCCUUGCUGCGUGAAGAGGAGGAACAGCGCAUUUUGCGCAUGCACCAGAGCCUCACCGCCGCACUGCACACAAAGCCUUAUGGGGAUGCCCUGCUCCAGCUGGUGACCAAUCAUGACUGGAAUGGUCUAGCUGACUUGCGGCCAGCUUGUGAGGCGCUCUCAACGCAGUGCUGUGUAUGUGAUUUUCACUUCAGCCGACCGCAGGACCUCAAUAGCCACUUGCGUGUGCACCAUCAUAAAUGGAUUAGCCAUACGUUCACCAAGGCAUCUCAGAUAUGCAGAGGGUUUGCAAGCAACUUCCCUUGCCGUUACUGCACAAAGAACUUCCGACAUGCUCAUGCUUGCCCUGUACUUACACAUGCUGCCAUGUUGUACCUGUAUUUGCCUUCUGAAACAGGUCCACCGGAAGUGCCACCAGCCGCUGCCCUGCGUUGCGAGGUUUGUGGACUCAGAGCUGAACACAUUGAUGAUUUGCACAAACAUUUGGCUUCAGUACACAGGUUAGCUUUUAAUGAUUGGCAGCCUGAACGGGACCUCAUGGGCAAGGAUCCAGCUUGCUCUCACUGUUCCAAGUGUUUCACCAAUGUUUCAGCAGUCAGGCAGCAUGUGACGCUGGGGCAAUGCAGUGAGUUCGACCCUCAUCGCUCACCUUUUCUCCUGCCCAUAGCCGAGAUUUGGACCACAGCCUUGGCGACAGGGGACUUGCAACCAGUUUUGUCUGAUCCGAUGCUCAGGAUGCGCAUGACGCUGCACUGUGCCCAAUGUGGGGCUGCCUACAUGCGAUCUGGAGAUCUGAUUCUCCAUCUGCAGACGGCUCACUCAGCCAUGUGGGGCCAGGCGCAAGCCCUCACCAGAUAUCUGAUGAAGACAUUGAUGCCACAACACUCUUGUGUGUGCAAUCCCAGUGUUCAUAAGGUCACUUUGACCCAUGUUUGCCCUUUCUACCGUCAGAUGGCUAUGCUUGCGGGACGCUCUGCGGUACCCCUGUUCCUGCCGUGGCAAUCAGAUAGGGAGAGCCUUGCCCUGAGCUUGCACCACAGUCAAACGCAUGCAGUUAUGGAUCGCCUGGUUAAAUGCAUUCAUACAAGACAGCUACGACAGCUCUUGCAAGACAAUGCACUUCAGGCCUUUCUCCGGGAACAUUGUGUGAUAUGUGGUGGUAUUUUUCACCCUGCCCUGCUGCGCGACCACAUCCUGCAAGUCCACUCCUCAAAUUUGGACAGAGUCGUUGAUCUACUGCCUCUUUUAUUUGAUGAGUUUCAGAGGGCUUCUCAUACGGACUAUCAAUGCGCACAAUGUCAUCAGAUAUUCAACCUGCCAAUGCUUGGAGCUUCCAAUUUAGCUGAGCAACAAUCACGGCAGACACUGGUUCUAGCCCACUUUCAACAGUGCCCCGUCGUUCACCAAGUGAGCCUGCUGCUGACCCAUGGACUCUGCCGAGACUCCGUCCAUGCCAGGCAGGGAGACGCAGGAGCUUCUGGAAACAUUUGCGGCAAUGGCCCCACUGCUGUCGAAGUGGUCUUGCAGAUGGCCAAAUUGCUCAUCCGGAUGGACGCCGAUCAGAAUCUUCUGAGAAAACAAGACUCCUUCGUCUUUUACAUGCAAAUGGAGGAGGAAUCGGUGAUCCACAUACUGAGCAAGCAGGCCAAGCAGUGGCACCAAGAGAUGACCCAGCAGGAAGGCCAGAUGAAAACACAGGAGUGGAAGCCAUUGAGAGCGACGCUGAUGCAGACGAUGGCCGAGACCCUCCAGAUGCGCCUCCACAAACUGUACUCCUGCAAGCAGUCGGAUCCACUGUUUCAGACAGCAAUGCACCACAAUCUGGUGAACGACAAGGGAGAGUUCUUCUUCCAGAAAUGGGAUGCCUCCAGCCAGAAAUUGGUGCAAACCAGCCAAGCACCAGUGGGCAUGGACAGGAUGAAACGCUACGUGGAUCAGCUGGUGGAGACCCUUCAGGACCCGGCCAAUGUGGUGAAAUUCCACGCCUUGAAGGCGUCAGGGGAUCAGAGGGUCACUCCUUGGAUUCUCCAAGUGGCUCUUCGUUGCGACGAACUUCAGACUCUUUUGGAACAGCUGAUGGGAUGCAAGGUAUGGAACCUCUUGGGGGCCACCCUCAAGGCCCAUUCUCUUCCGCAGAGCAGCCAGGCGGAACACCUGAAGUCCCUGAUCGGCAAAGGGAAGAGCGCUGGGAAGGGCAAAGCUCAUCGCCGAUGA